UGAAAACAGAAGAUAGAGGGAGUCUCGGAGCUCGCCAUCUCCAGCGAUCUCUACAUUGGGAAAAAACAUGGAGUCAGCUCCGGCAGCCCCCGACCCCGCCGCCAGCGAGCCGGGCAGCAGCGGCGCGGACGCGGCCGCCGGCUCCAGGGAGACCCCGCUGAACCAGGAAUCCGCCCGCAAGAGUGAGCCGCCCGCCGCGGUGCGCAGACAGAGCUAUUCCAGCACCAGCAGAGGUGACUUUACAAUCUCUAGACACAGACAUUUCCCUCCGAAGUGGAGUGAAGGAAGGAGAACCACAGCUAAAGGCAAUGAAAAGAGGAAAGUUGACACUUUUGAGAAGUUAUGACGAACUUGUCGAGAAUGCCAAUUGACAAAGGCAGGUAAGGGAAUACUUGGAAAAACAGCAAGAACAGGUUGAAGGGCACGCUGAUCUGCUCACCGGGAUGGUGAAGGAAUUGGUGGGCGUGUUUAUUGACUCUUCCAAUUAGUUUUCAAGAGACCUGAAGAAAUGGACAGAGAUGGAGAAAAAGGCAACCAGAUGUGAUUCUGCCCUUCCAGAAGCAAAGAGGCUUAUAUCAACCCAUGUGAUCGAUGCCAGUCACGGCGAGGAGUGACUGUGGAAAUUAAUGGAUUUUCAACAUCCAAUCACAGAGGAAAUGUGUAUAUUUAGCAAGCCUAAAACCUCUUCAAUAAACUGCGUUGCUUUUCAUUUUCACUUUCCAGUUAUAAAACCAGUGGAAGAUGAAAAGCCCACGUGACAAUACAGCGUUCACUCCCGGGAACAUUUGUGUGACAGGGAUAUUAUAUCUGAAAGGACGGGGCAGCUGGGAGGGUGGACUGCCCGUAACUCUCAGUUGUCCAGGUGAUGAAGCACUGGGAAAGCAAAGGCAAAUGAAAUAAUUUGAUAAUAAAAAAUGAUUUCUCUGUU